AAGAUUGAUACUUGGGGUGUGGGGUUUCUAUGCACUCUUUGAGCUGAUCAUCAAGAGCACGAUCAUGGUGAUAUUGCAGAGUUACAGAGGAUUGUUCUUUACUUGUUGUGUCCUGUUGCUUGUGCUACUCGCUGGAUGUGAAACAAUCUCGCCUACUAACGAGCAAAAUUGUACCUACGCAGUCACCAUCGAAACCACAUGCACAAAAGGCGCUGAAACAUCAGACCACAUAAGCCUAAGAUUUGGUGACACAAAUUCUAAUGACAUCUUGAUUAAGCAUCUCAACUCCAAACAUGUAAGAAAACUCGAUCCCUUGCAGCCAGAUGUCCUUGACGAUAUGCCAAGGAAGCCAUUUCAAGCUUGCAUGGUUGAUCAAUUCCAAGUGAAGGGUCAGUGCGUGGACUCAACCAUUUGCUACCUUUAUCUCAAAUUGGGCGGCACCGAUGAUUGGAGACCCGGUUUUGCUCAAGUGAGGGUGGUGGAUGGUGUUCCACAUCUUAGCUCCGAUUAUUUCUAUUUCCGAAGGUACUUACCAAGACAUGUUUGGCACGGUAUGGAUGUGUGUGAUAAAGAAGCCACUCCUCAUGGGAUGAAGUACAAGAGGAAGGAGUUUGUAAGGAAGCCACUCAAGAAUUAAGAGUGUGUGUGUGUGUGUGUGUGUGUGUGUGUGUUUACUUUAGUUAAUUAGCUUUAUAAUCUUAAUUUGUAGGGUAACUAACUAAUUAUUGAUUUGUUAACUUAUAUAAUUAAGGAAUAAUAAAUUUCUUUAUGUAUCUAGUUAUUGUGAAGAACAAUGCCAAGAACC